UCUGCUUCCGAGUGAGCCGAAGACACUGUAAACAACAACACGUGUGAGGAGGUCGAGGAAUGUCCCUCUAAAACACUUAAAAGAAGAGGAAAGCCUAACCAGCUUCCUAAAGCUCUAAAUAAAAAGAACAAGGCCCAAACAUCCUCUCAAAGCAGUGAAGGAGAAGAGCAAGGCCUAACCAGCUCCCUAAAACACUAAAGAAGAAGGCCUGACUUGUCCACGAGUCUGGCCACCCCCAUGGACGACCCCUUAUCGCAGAGGCUCAGUCAGUUUUUUGACGGUCUUUUGGACGAAGAACCCAAGAAGAACAAAAAAAGCAAGAAAGAUGUUGCAAAGAAAGAUUCACAUGAAAAUGGCUGUGAAGUGAAUGAAUCAAAACUCAAAAAGAAGAAAAAGAAAAAGCAGAGAGAGUUAACAGCAAAGACCAAGCAGUGUGAAAAUGUUCCCCUUGAUGAUGAUCCACACCCUGAAGAAACAGACUCACAAAAGAUUAAAAGACACAAAAAAGAUACAAAGAACACUGGCAAAGUAAAAGCAAAGUCAAAAAGUGUGAAGCUCUCAGAAGGUAAUAAUAACAGUACGACACAGGACAAGGGACAGACAGACGACGGCUUCAAAAUUGUCUCCUCCAUCCCUGAAGAUGACUCUGAUAUUUCUGAUGCCUUCGAGAGCUGCAGCGACUAUGAUGAAGAUGAUGUAGAAGAUGAUCAGAACACCACCUCAUCCAGAAGACAAACAGAGGAUGGCUUUAAGAUCGUGACAGACAUCCCUCCAGACGACAGCGAUAUCAGUGACGCAUUUGAAGAUGAGGAGGAUGAGUUUGUCAACGCAUCAUUGUCUACCCAGCAACGAGAUAUCAAAAAGCCUCUCAUGCAGAUUAUGGAUGACUUUGGUAUUGAUGAUAAGGUGUUAGAAGAGAGGAAGGACAAGGUCACGGUGCAGCCCCUCAAGCUAACAAAAAAACAAAUGAAAUUGAAAAAAACGCAACCAAAUACGCUGACCCAAGCAGCCAAGAGGAAGAAGCAGAAAGAGGUCUUGGUAUUGGACUAUGCAAAGAAGAGAGGUGCAAAUAAGAAGAGGAAACUUGAAGAUGAAAAACAGGAGGAGGUUGAGGUGACGGCAGAGGACCCAAAAGCUGAGACAAUGGACGAGAAGCAGCUGAAGCAGGUUAGGUAUGAUGUGUUCAAGCUGGGUAUGACCGGCUUCCACAAGGAGAAGAGAGAAGAAUCCCGGGUUGCCCUCGCCAUCAAGCUGGGAGCAAAGCCACCCAGAAACAAGGCUGUCAACUACAAGAAGCUCAUUGAAAUAAAGAAAGAGGAGAAGAAAAAGGAAGCUGCGGAGAGGGAGAUGAAGCUAAAACUUGGAAUGAAGGUGCCCAAGCCCUUCAAGAAGAAAGACAAGCCACCAGUGAAGGCCGCCGCCUCUCAGAUUGGCCGCUAUAAACACGGGGUGCAGGUCAUCUCAAGAAGGGACAUAGCGAAGGUCAAUAAGUCGCGGUGAUAAAAUAAAAAUAAAUGCAAAUGUUGGAUA